UUGGAUUUUGGGUCUACAAAUAUAUACUAGUAAUCUGUGUUUGGGAUUUUGCAGUCAUGUAGCAUAUUGAAAGCAGCAUUUAAUAGUCAACGAGAAGAUGACUGAAGUUCUGUCAAUGGAAGAGACUAAGCAAGAUCGUGUGGAAACUAUUUUAAAUGGGUUCCAAUUAAAUUGGAUGAACUUACGGGAUGCUGACACAGGUAAAAUUCUCUGGCAGAACAAUGAAGACAUGUCCAGUCCAGACGUGGAACAUGAGGCUAGGGUACCGAAACGGAUCCUCAAAUGUCGGAGUGUCUCUCGGGAAAUGAAUUUCAGCUCUAUUGAGAGUAUGGACAAGUUUCGAUUGGAGCAGAAAGUGCUGUUCAAAGGGCGUUGUUUGGAGGAAUGGUUCUUUGAGUUUGGUUAUGUAAUACCGAACUCCACUAACACCUGGCAGUCUAUUAUAGAAUCGGCACCUGAAUCUCAAAUGAUGCCAGCUAAUGUGUUAAAUGGCAAUGUGGUGAUAGAAACAAAAUUCUUUGAUGGUGACCUGCUGAUAACUACAUCAAGAGUCCGUUUGUUUUAUGUUUAAGGAUUUAUAAAAAGUUAUAUAGAAUUGUAGCCAAACUGAUUUUCUGACACUCGCUUUAAAUUUGAAGCGAGUUAGAGCACUGAUGAAUGACUGUUAAAGAAAAACCAAUCUAGGAUCAUCAGUACGAACGACGUUUGUCGUUUAUGAUGUAU